AUGAGCUCCUGCAUACUCGGAGAGGUGGAAGAGGCUGCAAAAGCCGAAGAGACGCGCAAGCAGGAGGAGGAGGCCGCUGCCGCCAACAAAGAAUUCCAUACAAAAGAUGUCUUUCGCAUUGCACCUAUCAUCGAGGAUGCACAUGCUCACUUGGACAAUGAUUCUAAUGCAGACGACACACAUGACAAGAUCCAAAGACAUGCAGGACCAGAUGCUCCGGACGUUCAAGAAGAUCAUUACAGGCGCCCCUUACCUUCAAGAACUCGUAAGAGGUUAGAUGCCGGGAUACAGACCCUGGGUGAAGGUUUAGAACUGUGGCGCGGAUACUUCCAGAGUGUUCACCCUACCAUUGGAAAGAACAUUGAUGUGUCGACAGCGGUCAUGUUCAAGCAGGGUAGCUUUCAGACCGCCGCUCUUGCUGUUCUCAAGCAGAACAAUGUUCAUGCACUGGACCUCUGCCCAGAUUUGCCGCAGUUCAGGCAGGCUGGCAGGUUUCAGACCGCCGCUCUUGCUGUUCUCAAGCAGAACGACCUUCAUGCACUGGACCUCUGCCCAGAUUUGCCGCAGUUCAGGCAGUUGAAGAACUUCUUCAAGGGCGUUUCUGUCACGCUCAUCCACUGGCCAGGCCUCGAAAAUAUUUGA